AUGGGGACGACGAUGUCUCACUCGCGGCGCGAGACACUCAUCAGAGUGGGUCGAAAGUACAACACUCUUGUCGUCGCUGAUGAUGUGUAUGAUCUCCUCAGUUGGGGGUUGACAUAUCCUGCUAACCCGGUUCCGCGUCUUCGGCAUCAUCUCGUGGAACGAGAUCGGGUGAUUGAUAAUGGCCUAAAGAUCGAUUUAGCACCGUUGUGA